AUGGACGCUCCUUUAACACCAGAAUUGAAGAAAGAGCUGAAGAGGAUUGCUGAAGCCAUUGUCGCUCCCGGUAAAGGAAUCCUCGCUGCAGAUGAAAGCACAGGAACCAUGGGAAAGAGACUUGCAGGCAUCGGAGUCGAAAAUAUAGAAGAAAACCGGCGCUUGUACCGACAGCUUCUGUUCACAUCUGGCGCAGAAAUGGCAAAGAAUAUCAGCGGUGUGAUCCUCUUCCAUGAAACUGUUUACCAGAAAGCAGAUGACGGAACUCCUUUUGUGAAAAUUCUCCGCGACCUAGGGAUCAUUCCGGGCAUCAAAGUCGACAAAGGUGUCGUGCCUCUUGCAGGAACAACUGGAGAGGGAACCACGCAAGGACUUGACGGGCUCGCUGAGAGAUGUGCACAGUACAAAAAAGAUGGUUGUGACUUUGCCAAGUGGCGUUGUGUGUUAAAAAUCUCCGAACACACGCCCUCGCAACUGGCCAUAUUUGAAAACGCGAACGUCCUGGCUCGCUAUGCAACCAUUUGUCAACAAAAUGGCCUUGUACCCAUUGUAGAGCCUGAAAUUUUGUGUGAUGGUGAUCAUUCUCUGGAACGCUGUCAGCAGGUCACGGAAGCCGUGCUUUCUGCUCAGUACAAGGCUUUGGUAGAUCAUCAUGUCUACCUUGAGGGAACUUUGCUGAAGCCUAACAUGGUCACAGCUGGUAGGUGAAAUGUUUGUUUUUCUAUAAGUUGAGAAAUGGUCAUAUUAGUACUAUCAGUAUCCGUAUUCGUUUGUGUCUGGAUAUUGGUCCCGUCAUUGCUUCAUUUCCUACAUGACGUGGCAGUAUUUAACCCCAAAUUUCUUCUGAGUUAUUUUGUCCAAUUUAUUGCAAACGGCUCCUGUGCAAGUUACUUUGUAUAUUUCAGUUAUGGCUUCUUGCACAUUUCUGAUCAUUUCUAUUUACUUUUAUAAAAUAACGAAGAUAGUACGCGCGUUCUGAUAGGUUUAAAACCUAUGGAAACUCAUAGAAAAAUUAAAUUUACUUUAUAAAAGCAAUAGACCACGCUUUCUAUGGGUUUACCGGCGUGAUAACCCACUUGGGACAUUGGGAGAACACUCGAAAAGCUUGUAAAUCACGAGCCGAAUGCUCGUGAUUUACAAGCUUUUCUCGUGUUCUCCCAACAUCCCGCGUUGAUGAUAAAAUUUGUUACUUUGCGGUUUUUCUUUUGGAUUCACAAUUUCAGUACUGAAUUUGUUAUUCAUGACUUGUAAAUUAAUGUGCAGACGUCAUGUUCAAAACAAACUAAUAACUGGUCAUUUGGAAAUGAUCUAGACCGGGCAAUUAGCUAAAAAAAAUUAUCAACAAUUGGAAAUUUUUCAGUAACGUCUUCAUAAGAAUCCUUCAAUGUUACCAGCAUAAUUUGUGAAAUCUUGUCAAAAUGAAUAUCAAUUGAAUAUCUGUGAUUUAAAUGCUUGAAUUGUUUUGACAAAAAGAUAAUAUUGGCUCCAAAUUGCAUAAUCAGGGAUUGCGUAAUUUGAUAGUGAAAGUACCGUCAAAGAAUUGAUCCAAGAUUAUAUAAAAUUCAAUUUGACCCAGUCCCUAUCAUUUGUGGUUUCAUGCAUAAUGAAGUUUGCACUGACGCGGCAUUUUGAUGAAUAAUCAUACAGCAUUGUACAUUAUUUCAUGAAAUAAUAAGAUAGCAGAAGCUUUUUUCUUGAAAGUCCUGGUAACUUUUCAGGGUCAAGAUCAAAUAUUCAAAUCAAAAUCUAAACAAAAAUAAAAGUACAGUUCCAAGCUAUAAAACCAGCUCCUAAUAUUUUUGAUUUUGUUAACUGAGGCCUGGUUCAAACAUCACACUUUUUAUGUACUGAACUUUAUAACUUAUUUGGGUCAACUCAAAUGAUUUAAGUUGGAUGGUUGAUUCAGAUGUUGAACUUAAUUAUUUGGACUAAAUUCCUUUUUACAACAUAAACCGGUCUACAGUGCUAAGCAGUCAAAAUAAAUUAAGGUAUAUUUAUGCAUUUGAUUCAAAACAAGUCACUCCAAAGUCAAUGUGGGCCACGCAAAGUUAAUAUUCAAAGUGCCACCCAAAUUAGAUGUGUCAGACUUGAUUGAUUCAUUUUUUGAUCUUUUCAUGUUCUUAUUUAAAGGAAUUAGGUUAAGUACACGAAAAGUUUGACAUUUGAAGUAGGCUGUAAUAGAUUUAUCAUGUAAUAUAUCAAACAUGAGAUGCAGUGUUUCAUCACCAGAUGAAACACCGAGAAGAGAGUUGAAAAUACGACGCGCAGCGGAGUAUUUUUGACAAACUUCGAGGUGUUUCAUCUGGUGAUGAAACACUGUGUCGAAUGUUUGAUAUUUCUUCUCAAACAAAAUCAUUUUUGAAGGAGAAAUUAAGAAUGCAAAUACUAAGCAGUGUUUCAUCCGAUUUCCAAACACUCAUUAAACAUUAAUUUCCUUUGUAUUUUCUUAAUGAAUUAUUAAUGAGUUUGAGAAGUUAUCUGCCAAACUAUUGAAUCCUCUAGCCUGAAAUUCAUCUGAUUGCUUCGAGUCGUUUUGUCCUCUAAACAACGUCCAAAUUACUGAGGGUAUAAUAACGACUCGAAGUAAUCGGAUGAAAUUCAGGCUAUUGAAUCCUCUAUCUUGAAUGUAAAUAACAACAGCUUUCCAGGCCUGUUAGUUAAUCAGGACUUUCAUGAAACAGACCCCUGGACACAGUGUCUUGCCAGUAUGUACAUGCCAAAUUUUCCUUCUUGCUGACCGUGUAAAAUUUCUGAUAGCAGCCCGUUGCUACAUCUUGCCUUGAUUUGUUUUACAAAUCAGCAUUAAAAGAUGAAGUACAGAUGGUGAGUGGUCAUCAUCACAACUUCGGUCACAGCUGGUGAACUCCUAGACUUUUAUUUGACUGUUUCUCUACUUGUAAGUCUGUGGCAGCAACUUGUGCCUUGCACCUGUCCUGUAUUCAUGGUGACUGUUGGGGUGCCAAGGACCUAGAAACCCUUUCCCUCCAUUUGAUUUUGUCUUCACCUUCUCUUAGGGCGUCGCAAAACUUGAACCCUGUCCACAGGAAAAAAUAACAGAUUCCCAUUUUUGGAUAUUUAAGGGUAUUUAAAGAAUACCCACAAAAAUCCCAAAUUUGGAAGAGUGAGACAUGUCCCAACCAGGGAAAUUGGUUGGGAAUUCCCUGGUUGGGACUUGUCUCACUUUGCCAAAUUUAGGAUUUUUAUGGGUAUUCUUUAAAUACCCUAAAAUAUCCAAUAAUUGGAAUCUGUUAUGUUUUCCUGUGGUCCACUCAGAGGUAUUAUUCUCCCAACACUUCUUUCGUCGGCCCCUUCUUCUCCCUCCUUAGCUUGCACUGUUCCUUGUAGAAUUUUCUUGGCAAGCCCUGCUGAUCUUGAUACAUGCCUAAACCACUUUAACUUGUGUUUUUUUACCAUGGUUAAGAUAUCAUCGUAGGGCCCUAUGGCUUGCCUGAUUCUGUCUCUGACUGCAUCAUUAUGGAUGUGGUCUCUGUAUGUGGCAGCACUUUUGUUGUAAUAAAAUUGCCAAUCGAUGAUCAAGACUAAGGGACAGUCUAAAUUUGUUAAAACAUCAAUAACUGUUGCAAACAGUUAUUUUCAGGCCCCUGUUGUUCAAAAGCUGGAUAGAGCUAUCCAUCGGAUAAAUCUCUGUCAGGUGGAUAAGUAUUAGGGAAACCAAUAAUUGCACUAUCCAUUGGUGCACUCUCCAUUGGAUAGAGAUUUAUAAAGUGGAUAGGGCUAUCUAUCUUUCGAACAACGGAGGCCUGAACUAUAACAUACAUUACACAGUCUAUCAUUUUCAACCGUGCCUUGUACCCAGAUGUCUCUCUGUCAAUAAAGGAAGACAGGGCCUUACACUAGUCUUAAUCACCAAUCACUUGAGUGUCACUCACGUUUUGCACUUGCCUCUAUGCGAAAAACCAAGCACCUGAGGAGGCAGAUAUUAGACCUGUGUAUGGCAAUACUCUUUAUUUUGAAAGCCUCCACUUGUACUCAAUAAUUUUGUUAACAUAAUAAACCAAAAAUUGAUCUUCUUUCCUCUUUAGGCCAGAGUUGCCCAACCAAGAACACACCAGAGCAAAAUGCCAUGGCCACUGUCACAGCUUUCCAGAGAACCAUACCUGUUGCAAUGCCUGGUGUUGUGUUUCUGUCUGGAGGACAGUCAGAAGAAGAGGCAUCGGUGAACCUUAAUGCCAUCAACCAAUACCCAGGUGAUUAGUUUGACUGUUUGAACUACAGUUGAAGCUCCAUUAAGCAACCACUCCCUUGGCAGGGAUUCCAACCUCUGGAGAUCUAAAAUCUGGAGACUCUCUCUUUUGCAGUACCCCCCUCCCCCUGAUUGUCACCGAACCCCCCUCCCCCACAAAUCGACCCAGCCCCCAAAUUAUGACAUAAGAUUUAUGAAGUCUUGCAUGAAGUACAUACUAUCAAAAUUCAAUUUCAUCAUUGUCAGUAAUGGUAAAAUAAUCUUUGUCAGUGAUUAAAGAUGUUCAAAGAUUCCUCAAAAACCGUACUAUGGAUGAAACAAACUAGAGUUUUGACAAUAAAAAUGGGCCAAAUUUCAAACUAAAGCUGGGUUAAUAGAGGUUACAACAACAGGAAGAACUCUUGUCAGGAAGGAUGGCCAAAGGGCAGGGUUUUCAUAAGAAUUCUAUUAGCAGUUGAAAAAUGUGACAUUACAGGAGAAUAUUUUGAAAAAGGCUCCACAUCUGAAUAAAAAAUAGUCAUAGGCUACCUAACGUAAGCUGGAGAAUUCAACAUAGUAGAUGGAGACUUCUACAAUCUCCAAUGCCUAAUGAACACCCUGGGCUCACAAUGGAAUUACCAGAAAUGCAUUUUGAAUUUCCCUUCAACCUUAUUGGCAAAUCGACAACGGUUUUCUUAACAGGCCAGUCAUGGUGCAUAAUCAAAUCUUUUUGCACAGACUGGUACCCAGAGCAAGGAUUUUAGGGCUGUUCCAUAAACAGACUAAACCAGAAGUUAAAAUCUGUCUCUGGGGUAGGCAUAUAAUAAUAAAAACCAGGGUAAGCAGGGUGCAAAGAAAAUCAUUUUUAGAGCUUGCCAUUCGGGCAAGCUGAAGCUAGCAUUUACUAGCCCAGACGUCAUUUCAACUAGCUCCAAAAACUUUUUGACUAGCAGAAUUGAUUUCACAGUUCCUCUGUUAUUUGAAUUCCUCAAAAAACAUCACUUGCCCGUCGGGCAAGUUAAAAACAAAAUUCACUAGCCCGAUAGCAAAAUCCACUAGCCCCGGGCUAUCGGACACCACUUUCUUUGCACACUGGUAAGGCAUGAAAUCUGAGAGUGUAUGUUUGUUCUUUAGGCAAGAAGCCAUGGAAGUUGACCUUCUCAUUUGGCCGUGCUCUUCAAGCAAGUGCACUGAAGGCUUGGGGCGGCAAGGCAGAUCAAGUGAAAGCUGGUCAAGCAGAAUUUCUCAAGCGUGCUGCUGCUAAUGGUGCUGCAUCUAAAGGAGAGUACAAGGGAGGAGCCAGCUUGGCUGGUGGGGAAAGUCUGUUUGUUGCCAACCAUCAGUAUUAGAGCAAAGCCGAAAGUGGUUUGCCUAAGGGGUGUAUGCACAGUCGCUGGGAUGUGAAACUGAUGGAACAGUAUAGUGUAGAUUGAGACAAUAAGUUAAAAUAAGGUCAUUUCAUGAGCCUCUCUAUGGGUACCCAUGGAUGUCAUUUUUGAUGCUCAGUUUCCAUUAAAUCAUUGGUUUUUUCAAUGAAAUUGUCGCAGGUCAAGCAAACCUCAGCAACAACAGAAACAAUAAAAUUAAAGCAACAGGUUUAAUAAGUUAUGGAUGAAAACUCUGAACGUGCAGCACACUUUUUGGCAGAUUUCUUUGCCAUCAUUGCACGACUAAACUCAUGCGGCGAUUUUAUUGGAGUUACCCAUAGAGAGUCUCUUUCAUGUUAGCCAUAAACACUAGUGAAUCACAGAUUUGGUCUACCCUGGAGACUGUCUCGUUAUGGUGCUGUAAGAUAGUGCUUUGUAUGUCAUCAGAAAGGAGAUUACGUGGUUAGGAAAUUUGAUGUGAAAUAAACGAGUGAGAUCUCUUAUUGAGGUGGUGAUAAAUGUUUUGUGUUUACAACAAAGCCCUCGUAUUUCCCAGGAGAUGUGACAA